AUGAUGCGAGCUAUGGUGCUUGAAGCGCCUGGAAGCGCUCUCAAGCUCACAGAGCUCCCGAUUCCAGAGCCUCUCGACGGCCAGGUCCGCGUCAAGGUCUCGGCGUGCGCUGUGUGCCGCACGGAUCUUCAUGUGGUCGACGGCGAGCUCAAGGAGCCCAGUCUUCCGAUAAUCCCUGGUCACGAAAUCGUGGGACUGGUGGAUAAGAUCGGGCGAGGCGUGGAUCCUUUGCAUUUUUCAAUUGGAGCUAGAGUGGGAAUUCCUUGGCUGGGAAGAACUUGCGGGAGCUGCAGCUACUGUGUGGAUGGAGCUGAGAAUUUGUGUGACGAGCCAGGCUUCACUGGCUAUACGAUCGAUGGUGGCUAUGCCGAGUACGCUGUUGCGAACAGUGCCUACUGCUUCUCCCUUCCGGAGAAUUACCCGGACGUGAAAGCCUCUCCACUCCUUUGCGCCGGUCUCAUCGGCUAUCGAUCACUCAGGAUGGCUGGAUUCACGCCUGGAAUGCCCAAACCCCGCAAGUUUGGAAUCUAUGGAUUUGGAGCUGCUGCUCACAUCGCUGCUCAGCUUUGGAUCUUCCAGGUGUUGAGACACGAAGGCCAUGAAGUGUAUGGUUUCACUCGACCGGGCGACGUAGAGGCGCAAGCUUUUGCUCGAAAAGUUGGAGCCACUUGGUCGGGUGAUUCCACAGCGUCGCCUCCACAACUCUUGGACGCCGCCAUCAUCUUUGCUUCGGUGGGAUCGCUGGUACCGCUCGCUCUGGCAGCCAUUCGCAAGGGCGGGGUGGUGGUUUGCGGCGGGAUUUACAUGACUCCAGUCCCCUCGAUUCCAUACGCGGCGAUCUGGGGCGAGAGGAGAGUGGUGUCGGUCGCGAAUCUCACGCGCUUGGAUGCCAUCGAGUUCUUGCGAGUGGCUUCGAGCAUGGAGAUCAAAACGGAGACAGUGGAGUUUAGAUUGGAGGAGGCAAACGAAGCGCUGCGAGCUCUGAGGGAAGGGAAGCUCAAUGGAGCAGCAGUUCUUGUUCCAGGGAUCUAGGUGGAAGUAACAAGUUGGGCAUUUGGCAAGUACAUUUGUGCCACUCACUCCGCAAUAAUUAAAAGAGACUUACACUCA